AUGCACCCCCUCACCUCAAAUAAGCUGGCCACAGUAGCCGUGCUGGCCACCAUGUCGGCCCUCUCCUGGACCAACACCGCCUCUGCCAACAUCGUAUUCGCCAAGACUCAACUACCCAGUGUCAAUCCUGGUGACCCCAUGACCCUCAACUGGAGCAUUGUGGACCCGCCUGUGGGCACUAUUAAUAACACUGCCCCCUUUAACUUGGUCCUCCGUGCCCUGACGGGACAAACGUACCUUGUCCAGGCGAAUGUCUCGCAGACACUCUUGACCGUUCGGGUUAAUGUGCCUACUGUCGCUACUGGUGGAUUGCAUAGUUACCUCUGCGACUAUAACGGAAAGGACGAAUUGAAGGGCAUCAGCUCAGGACAAUUCAACAUCUCCGGUGGUAUAGUCACCACCACCACCGCAGCAACACGCGCCCCCACCUCCACCGGGACUUCCGUCACCCUCCCAUCCACAACAGGCACCUCCGGCUCUAACGGGGAGAGCAAGGGAGAAGGAAGUGGUGGGCUUUCGAGUGGAGCCUUGGGCGGGAUCAUUGGAGGCGUCGUCGCCUUCUUCCUCCUCAUCGCCGCAAUUUUCUUCUUUAGACACCGCCGUCUGGCCCGUGAACGCAGCCAGCAUACUCGGUUGGAUGAUACCAAAGAGAGCAUGCAUGAACCCCAGGGUGGGUCUGGUCCUGUUGCUCGUUCUGGGCCUCCUCCUUCUGGACCUCCUGGACAUGGACAUGAUGGAGGAAUGAUUCCUAUCCCUUUGGGCGGCCCUGUUCCGCGUUCGAAUGAAUUCCAGCGUAACCAUAGCAACGAGUUUGGAAGCCCUCGGUCUCAACACCAGAUGCAACAUCUUGGCAGCCCCGGUGGUCCUAACAACAACAAUGGCAGGAACCCCUUUGAGGGUGGGUCUGAGGGUUCGACAAUGAUGAGAGGAUCUCCCGGUGGACCUAAUUCCCCCGGAAUGGCGCGAUCCCUCUCCCCUCGCGACCAGCACCAGGCUUACUCGCCCCCUCAACUCAACCAGGGACCUCCUCUUCGUCAACAACAGCCCUACGGAAUGCCCAACGGUCAUCCUGGAAUGCAGCAGCAGCGUAGCCAGAGCCCCUUCGAGCAUAACAACCGCGACUCUUUUGAAUCUGAGCUCGAGUCGGCUUAUGAUCCUAACCAGCAGGCUCGUAUGAUGCAAGGACACAACAACUAUGGCGGCGGUAAUGGACCGGUUCAGCGCAACAACUCGAAUGCAAUGAUGCAGGGAGGAGGAGGACCUCUUCACCACUCGUCUUCGUCUCGGUCCUUGAACAGUAAUGGUCCUCGCCAGAACAACUUGCCCGGGUCUCCUCUUCAACAGCAACAGGGUAAUCCCUUCCAGGAUCGUGAGUUGAUGGCAGCGGCGGCUGGAGGUAUUGCGGCGGCUCAUGCCCACCAUGGUGGAUCGAACUCGCCCUCAAUGGCCCAUCGCCAGUUGCCGAACCAGAACCAGAUGAGCCCUUCCCCCCGCAACCAAAGCCCCAUGAUCCGUGCUAUUGAGAUGCAGCCCUUGGAUGUUCAGCAGCACCAGUAUGAACAGCAGCAGCGUGCUCUCCAGCGUCAACAACAGCAGAAGCUCCUGCAAGAACAACAGCAACAGCAACAGCAACAGCAACAGCAACAGCAACAACAACAACAGCAACCUCUUUCGCCAGUUCAACCUCUUCAGGUCCAACACCAGGCCGUUCCUCCUCCUCAGGCUAUCGCUGCCACGACCUCCUCUGCCCCCGCCGCUGACCCCGCACCAGGAGCCCACCCCUUCAACCCCACACUGUAUGAUGACAAGACCGAGGUCGAUGACGAUGGUGUCCCUGUCUACAACGGAUACCGCGACACCAUCUUUGGUGCCUAUGUCCAUACUCCUGGCGAUGAUGAAGAUGACGAGUCUGAAUCGGAUGAUGACAGAAGAACUCCCGUUCCUACUAUCCCAGCCUCCGUCGGCGCCACACAGGUUCAGCAGCAGCAGGGCAAGGAAGAAGCCCCUGCCAGCACUGGAGGUCCCAAGAUUGAGCGCAAGAAGUCUGUCAAGUUCACUGGCGUCCCAAUUUCCGGCCCUAUCGUCGUCCCCGGCACCACCACCGCCCCCACUCACCAACAUCAAAAGGCCCAACAGCAGAUGUACCACAGCGGCGACGACGAAGACGAAGAAGACGAAGACUACGAAUACGAAGAGGCCGAGGAGGAAGACAUCAAAUUACGACUCAUGGAGACCGAAGUUCCCUCUCCUUCCUCUGCUCACUCUCGCCUCGCCAUGAUCAACACGUCCAGCCCUACCGCUGCUUCCCGUGCUGCCGGAGAAUCUACCCUCUCGCCUAUCCGCUCUCCAACCCAGGCUUAUAACUCUCCCUCGAGCCACUACCAACAACAGUCUCAACAGAGCCCCGUCCAUGCCGGAUCGCCCUCUCGCGGAUUUGUGGCUCCUCCUCCUCCUCCCCCUCAAGCCUCCUCUACAUCCCAAAGCGACAACUUUUUCGAUGACGUCCUCGCAGCCGUCGACAACCAUUCUUACCAGGCCUCCUCACCAACGUCCCCUCGGCAUCAGCAGCAUAACUCGCCACCACAGGCCCAGCAAUUGAAGCAGCUUUCUCCUGUUCACGUAGAGCAGGCGGUCUUUGGCGCCCCCUCGCCCCGUAUCGCGCCCGCUGGAGUUCCCAGCAAUAGUGGAGGUCAUCCUUCUCCACCUGCUCGGUUGGGUGCUCGUCCUCCACCUCAACAACAGCAGCAGCAACAGCAGUACCAUCAGCAGCAGAGACAGCAGCAGAGACAUGGCGCUGAUGAUGAAGAGACUGCCUUCUACGAGUCCUCGCUCCUGUAA